CUGAAUCCUUCAGAGGAUACGCCCCCUCCCGGCUACUACCACUAUGGCGUCUCUCCGGGCUUUGAGAGCAGCGAGCGGGGCGGGGCUUCUACUGCUGAGGGGCCGCCCAGGAGCGGGCCUGGCAGUGCGCUCAGCGCGCCACUUGUGGGUUUCGCCCCUCAGAUAUAAUGAGGAUCAGAAGACGCCUCCGCCAUCAUUUCAUCACACUGACGCCGUUCACAAGGCUGAAGAGGAGAGCUCCCCGCCUCCCAGGUAUACAGACCAAGGUGGCGACGAGUCUGAAGGCUACGAGAGCGAGGAGCAGCUGCAGCAACGCAUUCUAUCUGCAGCGCUGGCUUUUGUACCGCAGUAUGGGUGGAGCUCUGAGGCCAUUGCUGAAGGCGCCAAGGCUCUGGAGCUAUCUGUGGCUGCAGCGGGAAUGUUUGAGAACGCCGGGAGUGAUCUUGUCCUGCACUUCGUGUCCGAUUGUAACGCCAGACUGGUCCAACUGCUGGAGGAGGAGCACAAACUGGUGCAACUGGACAACGCUGAAAAGAAACCAAAAGCUGAUUUCAUGAGAAGCGCUUUGGAGGCGCGCCUGAGGAUGCUAAUUCCCUAUAUUGGACAUUGGCCUCAGGCAUUGGGAAUUCUUCUCUUACCACAAAAUAUUCCUACCAGCUUGAAUCUACUGACCACCAUGGUGGAUGACAUUUGGCAUUAUGCUGGCGACCAGUCUACAGAUGUCAGCUGGUACACACGCAGGGCAGUUCUUGCAGGCAUUUAUAACACCACAGAGCUGGUCAUGAUGCAAGACAAUUCUCCAGACUUCGAGGAUACCUGGAACUUCCUGCAAAACCGUAUAUCUGAUGCCAUGUCUGCUGGCAAUUCUAUGAAACAGGUGUCCUCCACAGGGGAAGCUGUCAUUCAGGGGCUGAUGGGAGCUGCUGUUACGUUGAAGAAUAUGGCGGGACUCAACCAACGGCGGUGAAUUCUGCGCUCCGCUCACAUUAGAUUCUGAUGGGACUGAACCAGCAGUGUUGUUUUCUGCGCUCUGCUCACCUUAUCAAUGUUUGCACAUUACUGAGUCUAUUAAAUGUUUGUAUGCUGCUA